AACACGCGCAACAUAAAGAUGGACGUGUACGAGCGGCGUAGAAAUGAUUGGGAGGAUUUUGACGUGUCGCGCGAGGAAUUGAGAAACAUAACCGACUGCCUGAAGAAGGAGGAGUUUCGCAAGCUGCUGAUCGAGUACGCGGAAGAGGUGACCGACCCGGACAACCGAAAGAUCUACGAGAAAGAGAUCACCCAGCUCGAGAAGGAGCGGGGCGUAGACGUGACGUUCGUUAACCCCGAGCCCGGUUACGUCAUUAAGACCAGCGUGGACGGCGACAGGAAGUGCUUCUUGAACAUCAGCAAGAACGAGGUUGUCGCGCGGCCCACCAGCCAGCCCUCGUAUGAACAGGGCCACCGCGGCCUCCAGUGGUCCAUCCCGUACACCCUGAUACCGCCCCGUUAUGACCUUGACAAGAAGAAUGUGCGAUGCGUGGUGUACGACGUGGUCUUCCAUCCGGACACCAUCUACCUGGCGUCCAAGAACGCGCGAUUCCGCGAGAUUGUCAAUGACACGGCGAUGGACGGCGUGGAGAGUAACUUCAAGGUGAAGCUGGACAGGAAGAAUCUGAAGUUUCCCAAGAUCAGCUUUAAAGGGAUGACGCAUCCCACAGUGAUCAGAAAACCUUCGGAAACGCCAUCAACAGAACCGCUGGACAUAGAACCGGAGAUCUAUCAGAAGAUAAUGUCGAGUUACGACGAGUGUCGCGAGAGCCAUUUGAAGCAGAGAGAGGAGAAGCCGCAACGUGCCCAGCCGACCACCACUUAUUACAAGGACAAGCAACAGAAGCCUGCGGACGAAAAAUACACUACUCCUACGUAUACCAUAAAACAUCAGUCCGAUGUGGAAUUGGAAGAUUUUGCUUUAAACCGAGACGCAAGGAUGUUUGCCACAGUCCCUAAAAGAAUAGUGAUUACCAUACAUCUGCCCCUGUUGAAGAGUGCUAACGAUGCGACGCUCGAUAUACACGAACGGUCUCUUACUUUGAAAAGCGACAAUCCUGCAAAGUAUUUCCUGAAUCUCCCAAUACCAUGUCGCGUGGACGGAGAUAGGGGGAAUGCUAGAUUUGAUCCAAAGUAUAAAAAGUUAAUCGUAACUUUACCAGUUAUUCCGCCAUCGAUGCCGAUAGAUGAAACCGAUAGGGCAGAUAACGGGGGUGAUAGCGAUCAAAACAGUGCUGUAUUAGUAACGUCCGAGGAUGACGAAAAAGACUUGUCUAAUAACAAAAUAAAACUAGUGGAAGAGUUUAAAAACGCGUGCAAAGAUAAAGAAUUGAAUAAAGCGAGUGAAGUAACGGAUAAGUGUGAAGAUACUGCUUUACGGACUAGUAAAACGAUCGAAAAAGCUGAUGCAUUUAUAAAUCCUAAUAUUAAGUACAAUCUUCCUCCUUAUACCUGUAACAUUUACAAUAAUCAGUUAGCCAUUGUUAUAAAUGUAAAAAAUGUGAAUCCGAGUGGGAUACGCCACAAAAUUUUAGAUAAUAAUGUAGGGCUACAUAUCUUGUUAACAUCUAUGGGUGCUGGAUUUUUUCCUCAAUAUUAUUCACUGUGUCUUAAAAUAGGAGACGGCUGUGUCGAGCCGGAAACUCUUACAAUUGAACCAUGGGAUAAUAAUGUUGUAUUUAGCAUCACAGUAAAGGAUAUUGAGAACAUAGCACAAUAUUUCGUUGGAGUGGACACAGAGUUCAUGGAGGGGAAAGAUCUUCCAACAGCAGCGUCAUUUACGAACAAGUUUAAAGAAUUAAUGUUCUCUCCGAAAGGCGAAUCUCAGGUGGAAAGGCAAAUUUCUGUACAGCCGCAAGAUGACGGUGUCGUUAUAAAUAUUCGUCCAAAUCAGCAGGAUUCUGAUGACGAAGAUGAGCAUGAAGCAAACGCAAGAGUCGUGAAACGACGGCAAGAGAAGAAGCACGUCAUUGAGAAAGCCAGAUCAGUCUCGGAAAGCAGCGGAGAUGAAUUGGCAAGCAAUAGCAGUGGUAGUAGUGCGAGGCACUCGAAAGGAAUAUUAAAGUCACGUCGCGCUCGCGAUUUCUCGCGUUCCAUGUCCGAAUCGAGCGCCGACGAAAACAGUCUACCUGCAUCGUGUACAGAUUAUCAUUAUGAUCAUUACGAUUCCGUACACGAUAUCAAUUCUGAAUCGGAUUGUUCCAGUUUAAAGAAGACUGUACGGUUUAACGAUGUAGUUUCGCGGCAGUUAUUUAGGUCUAAUUCGAGUAUUCUUGGACAGCGAAAGAAGAACCAACGUAAACUGCGCAACAAGAAACGCGCGCAUGAUCGCCGACUAAGCGAAAGUGAGAAUUCUGAAACCGAAGAGCGUGACAAAUAUAAAGUAGAUUAUAAACGUUCGCCGAGUGAGGAAACUUCUGACAACGUGAAACCCAUACUUGCUCGAGACAAACAUUCGCAGCAACAAAGAACCGCCAACAUAGAAAUCACAAAAUCGAACGCCGAUGAUAAACAUUCUUCGCAUAAGCGUAAGUCUAGCUUUGAAGAAAAACCCACCGAAGAUGUUCAAGCCGAUACCUCGACUAAAGCCACGAAAGAUGCAGUUCAGUUGGAAUUUAAGAAUGAUCUGAUAUUUGAUCUUGAUAUGUAAACGUGAACUACAAGGUAAUUAUGCAUAAUAAGUAUGUGAUAGACGCGAUCGAGGAUGUUAUUGCGAUUUUUUAGUAACUUAGUAACUGGUAACUGGCAACUCAAUGAUAAUACCGUAAAUUUACAUAUGUAUAACGUUGCAAACUAUUUUAUGAUUUUAGUAUCAAAAACUAUUUAGAUGGGAAUAAUUUUCUCGUGAGUUAUUAGUGGUAGAAGUAGCAACCAAGGAAACAUGGCAAAUCAAAAUUAUUAAUUUAUUUAAAUAUUUGACUUUAAUUAAUGAUAAGCGAAGUAUUAAGAGUAGCUUCUAAUACCGUAAAUCCAUAAAAAGAAAUAGAGCUUUGCUUAAUAUAAAAAUUAUACCUUAACUCGGAAAAUAUUCGUAUUAAAAUGCGUAGAUAAUGGCAACACGGUAAGAGAUAUUUUUAAUUGGAAUUUUAAAGAAAACUGAUUACAUCGCCAUUGGAUGGAUUUAAUGAAUCUGCCAAGAAAAGAGAUAUAUAUACAUGUUCCUUUUUUAUGCAUGAUAAAUAUUACUGCCGUAUAACGUACGUAAUUUUUACUCACAGAUUACGCUUGAUUAAAUCAAGAAUGGUCAAAUGAUAAAUCGCAAAUACUUUAAUAGAGGUAUACAUACAAUUUUAAUGGACAUCAUAUCGCAUGAAUUUAUGCAAAAGUAUGUGUGCAAUAUACACAUCGUAACAUAUACAAUGCUUGCGCCAAGAGUUAGCACAUGUAUACAAAUGCAUUGGUAUUGCAAUGAGCGCUUGCCAAAAGAUUAUAUGUAUGAUAACAAAAAUAAAUAUGGUUUUGCUUCGAAAAUUGCUAAUCACGUGACACUGAAUUUUCGAUGCCUAAUGUUAUCUGAGUCAUGUUGUAAAAAUAUUGAAAGUUGUCUAUUUAAAAAAAAAAAAUGUUUUUUGUUGGAUGAGACAAAAUUGAAGUAUUUAUCGAUUUUACAUAUUAUAUGUCGAUAUUUUGUAAUUAAAAUUGUAUAUAAGUUAUUUUGAUCUGGUCGCGACGGAAAAUAUUUACAUAUCUGCGCUCUUUUCAUUCCUAUAUUAUAUACCAUAUUUAAAGAUUUUUACUGAUAAGCAACCCACAUAAAUUAAUACGUUCACGCAACAGUGUAUGCCUGUAAUGAUAUAACGCAAGAAUGAAAUAAACAGACACACAAUGUUUUUA